AUCCGUCGGGUCCGCAAUUUCCCAAAUUCUUGUCUUUUUCUUCCUGGAAAAGAUCUCUUAUAAUUGUGUGUUUUGAUAACCCUUUCAUCCCAAAGUCCACCCCUUUUUCAUCCACCCUACACCAAAACCUAUAAAAGUUUCCCCAUGAUCUUCCUUUAUAUGUUCCAAGUACUCUCUCUUUGCUACCAAUAAGUCUGUUGAAAUUGUUUUUUUUCCCCCUAAACUGGGCUUUUCCCAACCUUUUGAUUUUGAACCCAAAAAGUAAAAGAAUGGGAAAAAAUCAAGCUUACAAAGCUAUGCAGCGAGCUAGGCUGGGUUCUAGCUCAGGCGGACCUGAUGAAGUUGAUGAUGGAAUGGUGGAUGGUUCUUUUCAUACACCAGAGUGGCAUGCGGCUCGUUUGGCAAGUCUCAAAACUUCUCAUACAGUUACCUGGGAAGAGUUCAAACAGAAACAGAAGGAAGAAGAAGUGAGAAAAGGAGAGCUAGAAGCAGACAAAGAUAAAAUGAUGAGGGAAUACAGGGCUCAGCUAGAUGCUGAAAGGGCCAGUAAGCUCUCUCAGGGAAGGAAUCAUUCCAGCAGUAAACACAGUCGCAAAAAGGAUAAGAAGGACAAAGAUACAAAGAAACAGAGAAGCAAAAAGAGAAAGUUCAUAUUUGAAGAUCUUCAGAAUGGACUUGUGUGAUUGAGUACUACAUUUGAAUGACACAUAUAUAUUACCUAAACUGAUUCAGCGUUCAAGGAGAUACUCUGAUUCCAGCUCUUCAAGCUCAUCGUCUGAAUCUUCAAGUUCUGACGAUGAAGAUAGAGAAUCCAGAAAAUCAAGAUCCAAGUCUAAGAGAAGGAAGAAAGAAAAGAAGCGCCAGUCGAGGUCGAGGUUGAAGCAGUCUACAAGCGAUGAUGAAGCUAAUGGUCCUUUGCCACUUUCUAGAUUCUUUGGCAGCAUAAAAAGCUAAUGCCUCAUUUGACAUGUAAUUCUACUUUUUCUUCUUCUGAUGAUGAUGAUAUUGGAUGUGAUGGAUCCUUUUUAUUUAUUACAGUAUUAUAAUGUAAUCAAGGAUCAUUGGUUCGUCAAUGAGGGUUUUGUAUCCUGGUUUUAAAUGAAAUUCUACGUCUAGUGAAAACAAUUGGUUUCACA